GGUAGAGUGAGGCGAGGAUGUGCAAGAAUCAAUUCGGCUUAGCGCAGGUCAUUCCGUUCGGGUGGCCGCUGAUUGGCUGCCGGGCGACUCUACUCUAACGGUAACUAGUAACGAGAGGAAAAGGCCGGAUCAUCAAACAUCACUCACGUCCUCUCAAAAUCAGUCACAGAGCCUUACCGUCGCCCACGCUGCCAUUGUCGCGCUCGCCCAUCUGCUCCGCUCUGAUCAUUUCCAUUGAGCAUUUCUGAUCUCUCCUCGAUUUCACAAUGUUCCGCUCCGCUGUUGUGCGCUCCCUGAGAGCUUCUGUCCCCCGGGCUGUUCGGGCUUCUGCAGCUCGCCAGUUCAAACCCGUCCCUGUCGCUCGCCCAUCUCAAAUCGUCCCUGUCUUCCAAUCUCAAUCAGUUCGCUUCUACUCGGCCCCCGCUGGCCUCACCAAGGACGAGGUUGAGGGCCGCAUAGUCAACUUGUUGAAGAAUUUCGACAAGGUCACCGAUGCUACCAAGAUCAACGGAGCUUCUCACUUCACAAAUGACUUGGGCUUGGAUAGCCUCGACGUUGUUGAGGUUGUGAUGGCUGUGGAAGAGGAAUUCAGCAUUGAGAUUCCGGACAAGGAGGCCGAUGCUAUCCACAGCGUCGAGCAAGCCGUCACCUACAUCCUUUCCCAGCCUGAUGCCCAUUAAAUCCAUUAAAUAUAGAGUGACAAAUCUUCAAUGCGUGGAAUCGAGUGACCCAAAUAGUUAGAGAUUGAUCGCUACUCCACCGGUGUCUCAUUAUUGUGACCUUAAUCUAUGCUGUGGUUGUUUUUGACUGGCCAUUUGCUGCAUCAGAGAGCAGCAGAUCCUGCUUCCGUAUCUUGCUCGCUUGGUAAUUAAUUUUUGCAAUCUGCCUGACGCCACGUGCAGCAUGCAGACAGAAAGUAAAAUGUGUAGAAGAAUACAGUAAAUAUGUGCCAUAUGCCCACGCGACGGUGUUCACUGGCCACUGCAUAGAAGCCGCACUGGUUGUUGUUUUAUUUAUUAUUUUUUAUCAUCC